UGUUGACUUCAGCUGCAAGAGUCACUCAGGAUGAUCUCACGCUUUAGUUUAUCCUCACAGAUUUUUGUGCUUUUGUGUUGCACAGUUUGUGGUGCUGACAUUUCAUGUAGAAAUGAAGAAGGCGAGGCAGUCGAUUGGUUUAUCGUCUACAAACUGCCUAAAUACAGAAUCGAUGACAUCGGCAGUGGGGUGGAGUACAUGUACUUGGAUUCAUCAAAAGAAGGCUGGGAAAUGAGUAAAUACACGAUUAACUCCAGCCAAGGAGCCAUAACAAACACACUGAACCAGCUUUACAUGGGAAAAGAGUACAAGUCAAACACCUCAGUGUAUGCACUCUAUAACGACGCCCCACCAGACCUGAAAUACAUUCAAAAAUAUGGACACACUAAAGGGGCACUGCUCUUUGACCGCGCUCAAGGUUUCUGGUUGUCGCACAGCAUUCCCCAUUUCCCUUCCUUCCCCGAGAAAGGGUACCUAUACCCGUCGUCUGGCAAAGUCAAUGGCCAGACUGCACUGUGUGUGACCUACCAGUACCAACAGUUUCUUCAUAUAGCAAAGCAGUUGGUCUACCUUUACCCACGUUUCUAUAACUGCUCUGUUCCUGCUGCAUUCUCGGCUGACCUGCCACAGCUGGCCCAGUUAUGUGCGGACUCCAAACCACAGCUGUCCUCCAAUAAGAGAAUGGAGCAGCUUUUUUCAGCUGGAGGGGAAAAGUUUGUCAGUUUUGCUAAAUCUGAAAACUUUGUGGAUGAUAUCUACACAGGCUGGGUGGCUCAGGAACUGGGCGCCGACCUUUUAGUGGAGUCCUGGCAGAGACAAGGUCACGACCUGCCCUCCAACUGCUCACUGGCCAAACACACCAUGAACAUUAAGAAAAUCCAGCUUCCCAGAUCAAUCCUGUUUUAUUCGCACUACGACCACUCAAAGUGGUGCGUGUCACGACUUUAUGAGGACCAGGUGACCUGCCUGGGAGACCUAAACAGAGAGAUGGGCCAGCUGUGGCGAGGUGGCGGUCUGAUCUGUUCCUCCAACCCUUUGAUUUAUAAGGCCUUCAGGCAGGUGGUGGAUUGGUACAUUCAGUGCUAAUUGAGAAGGAAAAGCAAAGUGAUUAAGAAUCAGUGUGACACUGGCUGACAGUGGCAGAGCGAGACACUAUGAUUCUGUCUCCAGGGUUGACUGCUAUGUAGAAGUAACAUAGAGACUCACAUAUAAUAAUGUAUGUGUAUAAUUGAAUUCAGUUUUAUAUAUACAGCUCCAAAUCACAACAACAGUCACCCGAAGGUGCUUUAUAUUGUAAG